AUGGAGGAAGUAUCAGAGGGCUCCUACAUUGCGUCGGGGAAGGAGUGCGAUUGCGGCAAACCAAGUGUUGUUCGUACAUCUUGGACAUUUGAAAACCCAGGAAGACGGUUCUACUCAUGCAAUUAUAAGAGAGGAGGAGCGUGCAAAUUAUUUUCUUGGGUUGAUGGGCCGAUGUGCACUCGGUCGAAGCAAUUGAUCCCUGGACUAUUGCGCAAAUCGAACGAGUUGCGCCAGAUUCUUCAAGAAAUUCAAGAAUAA